CGCGCACGAGCUGCGCCUGCGGGCCCUGCUGGAGCAGGGAAAAUGUCCUGAAGAUGGAUGGGAUGAAAGCACCAUUGAACUGUUUCUUCAUGAACUUGCUAUAAUGGAUAGCAAUAACUUUCUGGGCAACUGUGGUGUGGGUGAGAGGGAAGGAAGAGUGGCGUCAGGGCUCGUUGCCCGAAGACAUUACAGGUUGAUCCAUGGAAUUGGAAGGUCAGGUGAUAUUUCUGCAGUCCAGCCUAAAGCUGCAGGGUCUAGCCUUUUGAACAAACUUACUAAUUCAGUAGUUCUGGAUGUUAUAAAGCUGGCUGGUGUCCGGACAGUGACCAAUUGCUUUGUGGUUCCCAUGGCAACUGGCAUGAGUCUAACUCUGUGUUUUUUAACAUUGCGGCACAAGAGGCCAAAGGCAAAAUACAUUAUCUGGCCACGUAUAGACCAGAAAUCUUGCUUUAAAUCAAUGAUAACUGCAGGUUUUGAGCCUGUGGUGAUAGAAAAUGUACUAGAAGGCGAUGAGCUACGGACAGACAUUGAAGCAGUGGAGGCUAAAAUCAAGGCUCUUGGUGCUGAAAAUAUUCUUUGUGUGCAUUCUACAACGUCUUGCUUUGCUCCAAGGGUACCUGAUAGGCUGGAGGAACUGGCUGUGAUUUGUGCUAAUUAUGACAUUCCCCAUGUUGUCAACAAUGCGUAUGGAGUUCAGUCUUCAAAAUGUAUGCAUCUUAUCCAGCAGGGUGCUCGAGUAGGCAGAAUAGAUGCUUUUGUUCAGAGCUUGGACAAAAAUUUUAUGGUUCCAGUAGGUGGUGCUAUCAUUGCUGGCUUCAAUGAGUCCUUCAUUCAGGAGAUCAGCAAAAUGUAUCCAGGAAGAGCAUCUGCGUCUCCUUCUUUAGAUGUCCUCAUUACACUUCUGUCUCUAGGUGCCAGUGGUUACAAACAGUUACUGAAAGAGAGAAAGGAGAUGUUUUCCUAUCUUUCAAGUGAGCUGAAGAAGCUGGCAGAUAUCCACAAGGAGAGACUGUUAGACACACCACAUAAUCCCAUUUCCUUAGCCAUGUCACUGAAGAAUCUAGAUGAAAAUAAUGAUGCUGCUGUUACCCAGCUUGGAUCUAUGCUUUUCACAAGACAGGUUUCUGGAGCAAGGGUUGUUCCCUGUGGAUCUGUACAAACAGUGAAUAACUACACUUUUAAAGGCUUUAUGUCACAUGCAAAUGACUAUCCCUGUGCUUACCUCAAUGCUGCCUCAGCAAUUGGAAUUAAAAAGCAAGAUGUAGAUGUAUUCCUAAAAAGACUUGACAAGUGUUUGAAGACUUCUAGAAAAGAAGCAAAGAAAGAAAAAAGUGUAAAUGAAAUAAGUAAUUCUAACACAGACACAGAACAACUUGGAGACUAGAAGAUACAGAUCUAGUAACACAGGAAGAUACGCUUUUGUUUGAAGUAUGUCAGGUUUGUAUUGGAUUAGCAUUGUGAAUCUGCAGUGGAGAAAAUUUAUUCCUGAUCUGAAAACAACAACAACAAAAAACUUGGGUGAAAUUCAUCUUUGAAGAAAGUAGGUGAUAUUCUCUCCAAGACAGAGGGCCAGACACAAGCUUUUUGCAGCACAAAUAUGCACUUAAUAUCUGCCAAAGUAAAGCUUUACAUUCAUAAAGACCUUGAGCUGGCCUUUCAGUCUGUGGGUGCUCAGCAAAUCACAGAAUGCUUAUUCACAUAUUUUGAUUAACAAGAUUUUCUGUGGCAGUGAUUGAAUUCCUUCCUAGGUAUGGACCAUCCAGCAAGAAAUAUUUCACUGCUCUCAAAAUAUCUUUUGUUUCUCAUCAGCAUAUGUGCCACUUUUCAUUUCUUUUUGAAGAUUUAUGUAAGUGUUGGGAUAGCCCUUACUAAAUACAAUGUUAAAACUGCAUGAGGAAAUUAUAGAGUUGGAAUAGUAGUGUUUUCAGGUGUUCUCACCUCUCAAGAACUGCCUAGAACAAAGCAGCCCUCAGUGGCAAAGAAAAACCUAGAAUACCUCUCAUAUCCUGUCAGUAUUCAGCUCUCGGAAACAUUUGCAUAGUUCAGCAACCCAAAGGAAUUUUAAUAAUGAAAGCAAGGGGUUGUGGAGUGGAGAGGUACUGUCAUCUUCGCCCCCCCCCCCCUAUUUUU